AUAAAGUGACGUUAAAUAAGAAUUUCCCAGCCGAAAGCAAAAUUGUCAGUAUGCGUUUUCCUUAUAAAAACGAACAAUGAAUUAUCAACAAUCCAGUAAAUUAUCGGCGAAAUCGCAACAACUACAAAAACAGCGAAAACCCACCAUCAUAAGACAACAACAACAACAACAACCACCAUCGAGUUCGACUUCCCUGAAAUCCAAAUGCCCCAUUCCCGCCAAGAGGCAGCGCCCCAUCGCCAAAUCGGGCGUCUUCGAAGCGAGAAAACGCAAGGAAACGGAGGAGAAAACGACACUGGAACAGACCAAAACCGACCACUGGUCGGCCCUGAAGGGCAUCAAACCGGUGGCGGAAUGUUCCAAAAACGUGAAAAGCGAAUUAACCAGCUGCCUGCAGGAGUUGCAGUGCAAACGCAGCGUCUACGACAAGCGCCCGAAGCCGCUGAUGGCGAAAAUCAUCAACAUCAUAGCGGCGCAGGAUCGCCAAUGCGAGCGAUUGGAGGCCAAGAGGAUGUUCGAGGCGAGGAUGCAGCGCAGGAAAAGGAUGAUGCAGUACCACGAGGACGAGAUGAAGAGCACCAGGAACUAUUUCGAAGCGAGGAACAACCAACAGGAACACCCCAAACCGUCCCUAUCGCACGAGAAGAAAGUUAAAAUAUCUUCUUGCCCGAACAAACCGAAAAUCUACCAAUUCGCGAUGAAAAACACCUCGAAAUCCAACGACAAAUUCACCACAAGCUCUAAUAGAGUCGCCCGAAGCCAAAAACCCUCCAUAAUAAUACCGGAUAAUCCGACGAAAUGCAAGGAUAGUUCUGAUUCGGAUUCAGCGUUGCACCUCCUGCGGAAAUUCUACUCGGACAUCGCCCGUUCGGACGGGCGCUUAGCCACUACCUGUAGCCCGUCUACGGAUUUUUUGGAGUUGUUGCAACGCAAAAUCGACCUCAUGUUCGAGAACAUACACGAUUUCGAGGCGAAGACCGAUGGGAAUCCCCUAAAUUCCUUGGACGAUGCCGAGCUGCACGAGCUCAUCGAGAACAUCGAAGGAAUUUUGUAGACUGCAAGUCUCUGCGUGUAUCGAGUGUUUUAGAUUUUUUGUUUCGAUGAAUAAAAGAAUAUGUGUUUGCGUACGAGUUAUAGGUAUAAAAAUAAAUGAGAAAUCCCCGUAGCAAAAUGCAUAAAGGAGUUAAGUUCAGUAAUAUAACAGGCUAGUUGUAUACCUAAUAGACUUCAUGUAAGGUGCAUAUAAUGGGGCAUUGUGAAUGAAUAAACCGUAUGGAAUAUCAGCUGGAAGGCUGAUGCAAAUGAAACUGAAC